UUAUAUUAGUAAUACAGAUUAUUGUGGUUGAUUUCUUUCCCUUUUACGUGUACGGUCUAUUCUUUUGAACAGCUAGUCACGUUUUUCUAAAAAUUUCCUAAGUGAUCGGAGAAAUCGCAACGAAAAGAUGGCUGAACCAGUUGCAGAAGUUGAACAUAAGGCAAAAAGGCCUUUCCGUAAAUUCACUUUCCGUGGUGUUGAUUUGGAUCAACUUUUGGACAUACAAGGUGAACAGUUGAUUGAAUUGUUGCACUCCCGUGCUCGUAGGCGCUUUUCUCGAGGCGGACUCAAACGCAAAGAGUCUGCAUUAGUAAAAAAACUACGUCGUGCAAAGAAAGAUGCACCACCAAUGGAAAAGCCUGAGGCUGUUAAAACUCAUUUACGCAACAUGAUCAUUGUACCUGAAAUGGUUGGUAGUAUCAUUGGAGUCUACAAUGGAAAGGUUUUUAAUCAAAUUGAAAUUAAGCCUGAAAUGAUUGGACAUUAUUUGGGAGAGUUCAGUGUCACAUACAAGCCAGUCAAACACGGUAGGCCCGGUAUUGGAGCCACUCACAGUUCUAGGUUUAUUCCAUUGAAAUAAUUUUUUUUUUAUUCAAUAUAAUGACAUAUGGUUAAUCAUAA